AUGCUCUCACGUGUUGCUGCAGUGAAGGCACCCCGCACACACAACCGUCGCCGCGUGACCGGAUCCAGCGGAAGGAGGAGGGAAGGAGGAGAGAGUGAGCCGCAGACGCCCACCAUGUCCCGGCAUCUCUUCUACUCUGCGGUGCUGCUCCUCGUUGUCGUGAUGAUGUGCUGCAACGCUGGUGGUGCUGCGGAAGCUCCGGAGCAGUCACCUGAACACCCGUUUGAAUGGAAACACGUCAAGGAGGAGGGUGGUGUAACUGUGGAAUCGUUGGGUGCUCCCAGCCUUCUAAAAGUGGGGAUUGACGUGUUUGCCGUUGCCGAGGCGAAGGAAACGAAGAUGGCUGAUGGCAGCUUUACUGGCAUUGCAUCCCAACUUCUCACGGAAACAGUGAAAAAAAAGGAUAACACACCGGUGGAAAUAAUGAAGGAUGCCAACACGAAGACACAAUUUCUGGAGAAAAGCACUUCUCCAAACAGCAAAGUGGAUGUGAGCCGACCAACAACAAUUGUGAAGGGAAAUGAUAUUUACAUGCUUGUUGGGAAGUACAACCGUGAUGAUGCUCAGGAGAGUGGUGGGGGUGACUCGGGGCUGUUGCUGGUGAAAGGGAACGUCAGUGAAGAACAUAACAAAAAAAUUGACUGGAAAAAUACUGAAAGUCUCCCGCGAGGACCUUUUGACACAGAACCCGAAUCCUUGACGGGACUUUUUGGAGGCGGUGGAUCGGGUGUUAAGAUGCAUGAUGAUACGCUUGUGUUCCCCGUGGAAGGCACGAAGAAGGGGAACAAGAAGGAUGUGAAAACUGUUUCGCUCAUCAUAUCUUCUCCGAAGGAUACUUCUGAGAGUUGGAAGCUGUCAAACGAGGUUCCUUACGAUGGCUGCAGUGAUCCCUCCGUCGUGGAGUGGGGGGAGAAGGAAAAAAAACUCAUGAUGAUGACUGCGUGUGAUGAUGGCCGCCGCAGGGUGUACGAGUCCGGUGACAAGGGGGAGUCGUGGACGGAGGCACUCGGGACACUCUCGCGCGUGUGGAGCAACAAACAUGGCGAAGGAGUGAAGGCCGCUAGAAGCGGGUUCAUCACAGCGAAGAUUGAUGACAGGGACGUGAUGCUCGUUACUCUGCCGGUUUAUCCCGAGAAGGACGGUAAAAAAGAAAACGGUGAACUCCAUCUUUGGCUGACGGACAAUACGCACAUUGUUGAUAUUGGGCCGGUAUCCGAUGAUGACGCUGCCGCCAGCUCUCUGCUGUACAGAAGUGGUAAAAGUGGUGAUAAUAAGGAGGAGGAGAAGUUUAUUGCACUGUACGAGAAGAAGAAGGAAGAUGAGAAACCAUCACCCGGUAUGGUCUAUGUGCUUCUGACUGAGCAGCUGCAGCGUGUGAAGGAUGUGCUGGCGACGUGGAAGGAAGUUGACGAACGUGUCUCCAAGCUGUGCACCUCAAGUGCUGAGAAGGAUGCCUCAUCUGUAAAUGCCUGCGGCACUACCGUUAAGAUCACGGAUGGGCUGGUUGGCUUUUUGUCCGACAACUUCUCUGAGAGCACAUGGAGUGACGAGUACCUCGGGGUGAACGCCACAGUGAGGAAGAAAGAAGGGGCUGCAAAGAAUACAAGGGAGACAGGGGCAACAAAGACUUCCGAUGGUGUGAAGUUCCAUGGAGCGUGGGCGGAGUGGCCCGUUGGCAGUCAGGGGGAGAAUCAGCUGUACCACUUUGCGAACUACAAAUUCACUCUUGUGGCGACGGUGUCCAUCGACGGUGUGCCAGAGGGAGAUACCCCCAUUCCUUUGAUGGGUGUAAAGAUGAAUGACAGCGGGAAGACUGUUCUCCUGGGACUGUCGUACAACAAAGAAAAGAAGUGGAAGUUGUCUUGCGGUGGCGGGUCGAUCAAGGAGCACAGCAACACUUGGAAGACAAAGACAUCAGAGCACGUGGUAAUUUUACUACGGAACGGCAGCCAGGGCUCCGCGUACGUCGAUGGUCAUCGCGUGGGUGGGGAUCCGCCAUGUGCAUUGGGAAAUACGGAUUCGAAAAAGAUCUCCCACUUCUACAUUGGAGGGGAUGGAGGUGCAAAAGCCGACUCGGAGGUCCAAGACGUGUCUAUGACCGUCUCGAACGUCCUGCUGUACAACCGCCCGUUGAGCUCUGAAGAGGUUGGGGCCUUCAACCCGAAUAAAGACUCCACUCCACCUUUGGAAAAGGAGGCGGCGAAACCUUCAGCCGUUUCUUCUGGUUCCGUUGUAUCUUCCUUUCCUCCGGUGUCCGCAGCUGCUCAGAAAACCGAAACUUCGUCUACUGCCGGAACACAGCCUACAGAAAAGGGACAGUCGAUGGGGAGCAGUGGUGCGGGCAAUGGCAGUGCAUCCGCACCAGCGGUGUCCACUGUCAGUACUUCCCCAGCAGAAGAGGAGUCCGUAGUGCAGGUGACGUCAGGAACAUCUCCCGACGGAAAUCAAACUGUGGGUGGCGGUUCUACUGCUGAUGGCGAGCCAACGAUGGAGACAAGAGAAGGAACGGAUGUGCAGGAGGAGGAGAUCCAUGCACAGCACGGCGAAGUAAAGGCUGCGGCACUCAGCAGCAGCCUCGGAAAUGUGUCGCAGAGGAAUAACAGCGAUGCCGGCACUGUGUGUGGGAGCGGACUGCUGCCGCUGCUUCUUCUGUUGGGACUGUGGGUGUUUGCGGCUCUGUGA